CAUCUAACCAGUGCUCUCCCCCCAUGCCACCGCGGGCAAAACCCGCAUCGUAUUAUCCACCGGCAGACCAUGCGACGUUCAAAGAUCUUCUUCGAUUCGAGGAGCGGCUCAAAACGAAUAAUGCGAGGUUAAAGAAGCAGAAAGCACGAUACCAAUUCUUCCUUCUCGUACUCCUAAUAUACAUCUCUCUUCUCACGUCUGACGUGCUGUUCAACACCUUUUUUACCUCCUACCCGAUCAAUUUCGCCCUAAAAGCCGAGCAUCCACUAUGGGAGCCCAUUUGGAUCCCCCAUCCCUACGUGACGCCCGGUCUGCUACUCAUCGCAUGCACUACGCUGGUUCUAUUCUUUGCGAGUGGGACAUAUGCGGAGAAGAUAGGAUAUGCGAAUCGCUACGUACCGUCAGCAAAUCGAGCGCUUCGUUCCUUCAACCUAUAUUUCAACAUCCGCUCGCCGUCGAUCUUCCCAUAUCCACUUUCUCUCCUCUUCCAGAGUCCACCUCACCCUCCUCACCCUCCGACACAGUCUGCACCCUCACCUCCGCACCACGCCUCCCGCUCGGCGCUUCAACCCCUUCCUCCUGCCUCUAACCCGCGGGGCGAGCUAAUCUUCUCCGCGCGUGUCUCACCGACCUUCAAGGAUGCAUAUGAAGCCCACCGAGCUGGAUUUGAACGCAUGCGUGCGAAGAAGAGGCAACCGAAUAAGUGGUGGGCGCUGUCUUGGGUAAGCGGUACAGGAGCAGGAGCAGGGAAGGAGGCAGAACAUGAGGAGCAUGAAGGAGAGAAGAGGGGAGAAAGACGCAGGAGUGUGAGCCUGGAGAGCAGCUUGGCACCAACACCUAAUAGCUCGAGACUACCCAGUCGUAGUCCGAGUCCGGUGAUGGAUGUAGCCAACGAUGGGGAGCUGAGGCCGGAUACAGAACGUGUGCCCGGGAUGAUUCCAGUUAGGAGAAGGAGCGCAAGGAUUGCAAGUAAGCUGGAAGGCCUCGAGAAGGAGCCUUGA